AUGGCCGCUACUACCGAGCACAGCGAGCAAUUCAGCGAGAAGCACGAUGGUCUCAACGGUAACUUCGACCCUGAGGCUCAGCGUCUCGAGGCAUUGAGUCAGUUUCGAACAGCCCAAAGUGUUCAGAUGAGCCCCGAGCUGUUUGAGAAGUUGUACCUCUCGCCUAUGAACAAGGUAAAGGGCGAACUUCGACAGACCUUUGCCAACCCAACACCUAUUGCUCUUGUUGGCUUUUUACUCGCUUUCACGCCUCUGACCUGUGAUCUUAUGGGCUGGCGAGGCGCUGGCGGCAGUGGUGCUGCUUCCAACGCUGUUUACAUGUUUAUGGGAGGUCUUCUCAUGAUCAUCGGCGGUGUUCUCGAAUGGGUCCUCGGUAACAGCUACCCAGCCUGCGUCUUCUGCUCCUUCGGCGGUUUCUGGUUCUCUUAUGGUGGCAGUCUCAUCCCUGCUUUUGCUGCCUACGCCUCUUACGCUCCCGCCGACGCCGAAUCUGCCUCUGAAGGUCUUGCUACUCAAGGUUUCAACGCUAGUUUUGCAUUCUGGCUGCUCUUUAUGGGUGUCUUGUCCUUCAUCUUCUUCCUCUGCGCCCUCCGAACAAACAUCGUCUUCGUCAUGAUCUUCUUCAGCUUGACAUUCUGCUUCCUUCUCAUCACUGCUGCCUUUUGGGCUCUUGCUGAGGAUUUUACCGGCAACGCUGUGCUCGCACAGAAGCUUCUUAAGGCUGGUGGCGCUUUUGGAUUCGUCACAUGCAUGUCAGGCUGGUACAUCCUCAUUGCUGUUCUCUUCGCUAUUGUCGACUUCCCUAUUCAAAUUCCUGUUGGCGACUUGUCUACUGUUAUCAAGGGACACAGCGAGAGGAAGGCCCGUCGUGCAUAA